AUCAAAUUCCUGACUCCUGAAAGCCACCUCGAUCUUCAAACCUCGACUUGUUGCUAGUACUACAAGUUAAAUAUCCGGCUGAUUGUACGGGACCUCUCAAAAUGCGACUCAUCUUCGACUUUGAUGGUACUAUAACCCAGCAAGACACUAUAUCUGACCUUGCCGCUGCGGCAGUUGCUUUUCAACACACACAACGGGGUCAACACCUCCAAGCGACAUGGGACCAAGUUGUGCGACACUAUAUGAGCGACUACCAUCAGUACAAAGAGAAUUAUGAGCCCAAAGAAGAAGAACGGCGCGAAGUGGCCCAAGAGGUUGAAUUUCUGAACGGUCUCCGGCCCAUAGAACAAGCAUCGCUGCAACGGGUACAGGCCUCUGGCGUGUUCGAUGGGUUGGAACACAUGGGUUUGUUCGAAAUGGGCGUGAGCGCCGUGGAAUCCAAGAAGAUUGAGACUCGGGAGGGAUUUAAAGCCGUCACGAAGAUGGCCCAAGACAAUGGAUGGCCACUUGGGGUAAUUUCCGUCAACUGGUCACGCUCAUUCAUCAGAGGCGUCCUGCAUCAGUUCUCAAUGCCCAUCGUGGCCAAUGAGAUAGCAAGUGACGGCCGUGUUGAAGGACCAGAGUUCUUGGGUGAGCAGCUCACGAAUUCGGCCGGCAAGUUGAGCGCACUGAAGCAUGAAUUUGGUGGAGAUGACGAGUCGAUCUUGUACUUUGGCGACUCAUCGACAGACUUGGAAUGUCUGCUCGCGCACAAGGGCAUUGUCAUAGCAGAUGAUGAUACGGACUCUUCGCUCAUACGCACACUGCAGCGGUUGAGCAUCCCUGUCCCGCACGUCGAGGCAUAUGACAAGGCGGCGAAUGCCAGCGUGCACUGGGCGAGGAAUUUCCAGGAAGUCAUCGCAAGUGGGCUUCUAGAUCGAUGAAGUCGAAUAAAAACUUCUCUCUCUCAUCAUAUUGAGCAUCUAGUGGAAAAGGUUGCGGGCAGUUGUCAGGCAAUUAAAGACCCUGUGUGUUUGCCCCCUACUGCAUGUGGGCAUCCGACAAACUCAGGCCUAACUCUCAAGCAAGCCUGAAGAACAAAGGCUUUGUAAUUUUCCAUGGCAUUUUAAUGAAUCUUCUAAGAUGUGGAUUCCUCUAUGAGGUUUGCCAUGCGG